AUGUUUGACUCGAGCGAGCCGAGGGUCGGCAGAGAGCAGGAAAACACGUCUCACGAGGAAGGAAAUGAGGCUGGCCAGCAAGGCUCCAAGGAGGAUGGGAGCAGGAAGAAGGACCAGAAAGGCAAGCAGGACAAGGACCCAAGGGUUCUGGACACGAGCGAUCUGCUGGGCUGGAUUCUGGCAGCUGCACUCUUUUAUCCCCUUUGGAGCAUGGUCUUCCCGAGCGAGACGCGCGACAUCAGCUGGCAAGAGCUGAGGAGGAACUACUUGGACAAGGGGCUGGUCGAGAAGUUGGUGGUUAUGGGCCGCAAGGUGCGGGUUGACCUGAACCAGGAAGCCACCCGGACCAUGUACCCUGACAGCGUGGCCGCGAACCCGGGCUUCCACUUUUACGUUUCGAUCGGCUCCGUGGAGACCUUUGAGAGGCAUCUGGAUCAGGCGCAGGAGGAGCUCGGCAUCCCUUCGACAGAGAGGAUCCCGGUCACGUACGCUGGCGAGAGUCAGCUCGGCAACCUCAUCAUGGCAUUUGGUCCGACUCUGCUGCUCGUCGGUCUCAUCUACUACGCUUCUCGGCGUGGGCCUGGCGGCGGCGGUGCCGGAGGCGGUAUGUUCGGGUUUGGCAAGAGUAAGGCCAAGAUGUACAACCACGAGAGCGCAGUCAAGGUCAAGUUUGCCGACAUCGCGGGCAUGGACGAAGCCAAGGUCGAGAUCAUGGAGUUUGUCGCGUUCCUGAAGCAGCCCGAGCGCUUCCAGAGACUCGGCGCCAAGAUCCCGCGUGGUGCCAUCUUGUCUGGCCCUCCCGGCACUGGUAAGACGCUGCUCGCAAAGGCGACGGCCGGUGAGUCGGGCGUGCCGUUCUUCAGUGUCAGCGGCUCCGAAUUCGUCGAGAUGUUUGUGGGUGUCGGAGCAUCGAGAGUACGCGAUCUCUUUGCGCAGGCCAGGAAGAACGCGCCCUGCAUCGUCUUCAUUGACGAGAUUGAUGCCAUUGGCCGGUCCCGAUCCGAUGGAAACCGGAACUUUGGCGGAAACGAGGAGCGUGAGGCGACGCUGAACCAGAUCCUUACGGAGAUGGACGGCUUUAACACCCAGGAGCAGAUCGUGGUGCUUGCGGGUACCAAUAGGCCAGACGUGCUCGACCAGGCAUUAAUGAGGCCUGGCCGCUUCGACAGACAGAUCCAUAUCGACAGGCCGACCAUGCAAGGCCGUGCGGAUAUCUUCAAGGUCCACUUGGCCAAGAUCGUCACCAAGGAGGAUAUGGAGUAUCUGUGCGGGCGCCUCGCUGCUCUGACACCCGGCUUCUCUGGUGCGGAUAUUGCCAAUGCCGUCAACGAAGCCGCACUCGUCGCUGCACGGGCAAAUGCCGAAACCGUAACCAUGGUUCACUUCGAGCAGGCGAUAGAGCGGGUUAUUGGCGGUCUGGAGCGAAAGUCACUGGUGCUGAACCCCGAGGAGAGGAGGACAGUAGCGUACCACGAAGCGGGUCACGCCAUCUGCGGCUGGUACUUUGAGUUUGCCGACCCUCUCCUCAAGGUUUCGAUCAUCCCUCGUGGCAAGGGCGCGCUCGGCUACGCACAGUACCUGCCGGUGGGCGACGCGUACCUCAUGACCACGAAACAGCUCAUGGACCGCAUGGCCAUGACCCUGGGCGGGCGCAUCUCCGAGGAACUGCACUUCCCGACGGUGACGACCGGCGCGAGCGAUGACUUCCACAAGGUCACAGCUACGGCAACCAACAUGGUGACACGAUGGGGCAUGUCGGAGAAGCUGGGACCGAUCCACUUUGACCAGGACAAGAACCAGUUCAACAAGCCCUUCGCGGAGGACACGGCACAGAAGAUCGACGCCGAGGUCCGCCGCAUUGUGGACGUCGCGUACAAGCAGUGCAAGGACCUGCUGACCGAGAAGAAGAAGGAGGUCGGCAUCGUGGCGGAGGAGUUGUUGAGGAAGGAGAUGCUGACGCGCGACGACAUGGUGCGGCUGCUGGGCCCGAGACCUUUUGCCGAUAAGGAGGAGUUCACCAAGUACUUUGACGGAUCCAAGAGCGCACCUCCACCGCCGCCGAAUGAAGGUAGUAUCAUCGAUGACCCUCCAGCCGGCGCGCCGGCUUUCAAGGGGAAUAGGUGA